AGACAGAACACAGAUACUGUAUAGACACACAGACAGACAGUAAGUCAGAUACAUACAUACAUACAUACAAACAUAACGGAUCAGAGUGAAGGAGCUGAAGAGGAGAUGGUUAACAAUCUUUUAUCAUCCCUCUCCUUCCCAACAGCCCCACUCCACGUCCCCCUAGUCUUUGACGUCACUGUGACUGUGCAGCCAAUCAGGUUCCCGAGUCACACCCACCACCUUUCCUUAGCCAAUCCUCCUUCUCUCAGUCUUUUUAAACCCCACAAGCUCUGGAAACACAACACACACACACACACCUGGGAGAAAAGCAGUGCGGACGGAUGCAACAUAGAACACACACUAACCACCACACCACACACACCGAGACAGAACAAAUGCUGACUCCAGACAACCUCAUCAGAGGAAGCAGCAGCCCCAGUAGUAGCAGAAAGAAGAGAACCUCGAGGAAAACCACCAGAGGAACCCCUCUCACUCCUCUUCUCUUCCAAGGACCUCAGCUCUGAGAUGGGCUGCUCCUCGGGACGCCAGGCCCCGGCCCCAGGGCUUCACUCAGACCUGGACUGUGGCAGCAGCCUACCCCCGGAGUCGCCCCAUGGAGGAGGGGACCUGGUCCUACCCCCAGAGUCACUCUCUACGCUGCAGUGUCUGGCCCAGGCCACGGGUGGUACGGAGAAGUCCUGGUACCGCUGUGUGUUUCCGUUCGGGGUGAUCUCUUUGGUGAUCGGGGUAGCGGGAACAGCAGUCACCUUCAUGUAUAACACGCCAGACCUGUACCAGACCAAGGUGGUGUCCAUGGUGCUGCUGGUGGUGGGGGUGGUCAUGCUGCUGAUGGCGGCCAUCUGCUGGAGAGACCACAGGCUGAAGAGGAGGAAGAAGAAGGAGGGAGGUUUCUUCUGCUCCGAACAGGGCAACUUGUGAGGUCUGGAGGAGGAAGGYGGGGGGGGGG